AUGGUCGACAAAUUCGACGAAAAAGCAUUCAAAAAUAUAAUCAAUUCCAUACUUGAAAAAACUGGAGACGAACUUGCCGCCAUUGAAAAAGAAGCUAUAGACGAAUUAGGACCAGAUGGGAAUAUACAAAUGGUUGAUGUUGAUGGUGGAGAGUAUGCCGAAAAUCCUGGAAUGAUACUUGAUGCUUAUUCCGAUCGACUCAUCGAAGCACAUUCAAAAGGUUUGAGAGAAUUGGUGGAUGCUGCUUUGGAUUUAGAAGGUUUACCUUGUGAUAAAUGGGUCAACAAAAGAAGAGAAGAUGGUAAUCUUGAGGUAAUGAAACUCGAACUCCUUUUCAUGUCGGCAUGUAUUCAUCCUGAUGUGUUGAAACAUCUUGUACAAGGAGAUUUACCAAAAGCUUACUCGGAUCCAUUAAUGAUAUCUAUGAGAGUACAUAUGGCAUCUAUGAUGGAAGGACAUAAGAAAGAAAAGAGGAUUUUCAUUUAUAUCCAUUAUUUGGUCAACGAAAUUGGAGUAUCCCCCUCACCCUCAAAAUUGGAACAUGUUUUGAAUAUCGCUGACAUUUACAUCAGGGGAUUCGGUAACCCUAAUGAUCAAGCAUCAUAUCGAAUUUCCAAAAAGAUUGAUGAAAUUAUUGGUACUCACAAGGCUGAACCAGAUGGAAAGAGAAGAUAUAUCAAGGGUAAUACUCAAUAUAAAGUUAUAAAUGAGUGGAUUUCCCUUGUUCGUAAGAGGAUUGAAUUUGAUAAAUUCAAAAAUCGAUGGGAUGAACCAUUAUCUCGUCCCAUUUCCGAAGUCGGAUUUGCAUCAAGUCUUCAACGUUUGGAUCAACAUAGAAAGCAUGUUAGUUCCAAUUACAUUAUGAAUUUGAUUGAAGCUAUCUUUGCAACGGAAGGUGGUAUUUAUAAAAAUCAUCAAUAUGUUAUUUUUAAUUGCAUUGAACCAUGUCAUGGAACAUUUGGGGAAAUUUUAUGUUCCAGGUAUGCUCAAGCUUAUUCAUCACAUGGUGGAGGAUUUUCUCAUUUCGUUGCUAGUGUGAGUGUUGCGAAUUCUUACAAGCAUGAAGAACAAUAUUGGACUUUAGUUAAAGAAGAUUUAAUAAAAUCAAAUUGGUUCACACCAAAUAUUCGAAAGGAGAUGAAGAAAUUACGGGAGGGAACAAGGAUUCAUCAAAGAAUUCAAACUUCAGCAGAAAAACAAGAUGAACAAUUGGAAGAGAUGACUGAUACGAAGAAGCAACUGCAAGAUUUGAAAGAAAGUUUGGCGGAUAGUAAAGAGAAAUUCAAGAAAACGACGGAUGAGUAUUUGAGUACGAUGGAUUCUAUGUUGGUACUUUUAGAUUUGGUUGAAUCUGGUGAUUUAGAUGAUUUAGAUGAUUAG